AGCCGAGUCUCAGGAGCGGCUCCUGGGAGCUCAGUGUGUUUACGCUCCGAGGGGAAAAGCUCACGCUCGCUCGGUGAUGUAAGGCAGAGCUGCGACCGCAGUCUGCGGCCCCCCUCCCUGUUCCCCGCUCACGCACGGCCGCAGACGCCGCCCGCGCCGGCCCUUUUCCUCGUUAAGGCCGGGUAACGCCCCGCUUCGGCGGGGGAAGUUUAGCGAAGGACACCCUGAUUGAGUGUGCGCGUGAUGCACGACAGCUCUGCUCCUGUCACUGAAAAAUGUUCUUUUGAAGGGAUCUGCCUCUUGUCACUGAGGCUUGUGAAGUUUCCACCCUGCGUCGCGUGAGAUUUCCGCCGCUGCUCCGCCAUGGCCGCCCGCUCGCGUUACGCACAGCUGCACCACAGGGCCGGCUUCAUAAAACGUGCUUAAUUAGCACACUUAAUUUAAUGAAAGUGAAAAUUGCAUCAUACAAAUGACACGACCUCGGGCUUCUUAUUCUGAACGCUGCGUUUGACCAUUGAAACAUUUAACAGUUACGUAAUGCGCAUGUGCUGAAUUAAUUUGUGAAUCGGAAAUGAAGCCCAUGUUUAGCGCACAAUAGAUUUCACACCUUUUGCGGUUCAUUUAGUCUGCACUCGCGUGCGACCUGGGAAGAGGCCCCAGUACUCGUUGCCUUAGCUCUGUACGCGUGUCCCCCGGCCUGUGAGUCACGUGUCCAUUUUCCAAAAUGGCCCGCCAGCUCACGUUAGCGACGCGUUUUAUCUGCCCCCCUGCGCGGCGCGAUGUAUGCGAGGCGACCUGCGACUCCGGGGCGUUUUGGAAACCCGGCGGCGGCGGAGACGGCGUAAUGAAACAGUCGUCUCUUUCAUGACUGGGGCCCCGUAUCGCAUGUCGCCCACAACAAGAGGCCGCGAUCCUGCGGAACGUCAAGCUGGCAGGGCCCGUUUGAAGCUGGCGGGGUGUAGCACCGCUCCCGGCAUUGCCUUUGACACGCGCGGCUGAAUUAGGGAUUUAUUAUUUAUUCGUAACUACGGGUGCGUGUGUUCCGUGGGUACCUUGCCGUGACAGGCCUCUCGCACGCGCGGUACGUUUUUCUGAUCUGACUUUGGCUAAACUUCAGCCAAUAUAAUCGACGAUCCCUUAGCUGCGUGAAGGUCUUUCUAGGUGAAAAUGACAAGACUGGGGCACCUGAAGCUAAUAUAGUACAUCUGUUAGCAUUUGGAAGCAUUGCUUAAUUGUUAAAGGGUUGGCUAUGCUGUAUUUCCUAUCUCUAAAUGGUUGAUCUUUGCAGGGAACUCUAGGGAAAACGCAGAGCCAAGCGAUAAAGGCGUUUUCAUAAAGAAACUGUGUUUUUUAAUGCGCCCUAGCAGUGAGGACAGUGGAUUUCUGCACUUCACGAUGGUUUUUGUUGCCGCGUCGUACUGUUCCCUGCUCAGCGUUACUCAGAACACUUUGAACUGCGCAGCCACAUCAGAUUGUUGAAAGUCGUACGGCCAGUUCUGAUUGGUCCAAUGACUCCGGGCUACAAAGCCAGUUCUGAUCAGUCCGAUCACUCUUGCGUUGCGCAGACAGCUCUGAUCAGCGUGAGCCACUGCCAGCAUCCUAAAGUGAAAAGGACAAGCAGAGAAUAAACAAUAGGGAUUUCGAAGGAGGGGAGCAGAAGAAACGAGAGGCCGUGCCAACAGCUUGGAUUUAAAGAAUAUGCAGAGCUGGCGUCCCGGGAAGGCUAUGCGCAAACAGCCGUAAAGAAAAUCAAACUGCUAGAAGCUGGCAUUUGCAGAGGCAAGAGCAACAGUUGAGAAUGAUUAAACAGGUCACUCUCGCCUGUUCAGCGCUGCGCUGAUUUAUCUAGCGUGGUAGACUGCAGACAUCGCCAGAGGUCGUGCGGCGUAACAAAACGUAUGCAUUUUCUGUGAGUGUGUGAGAGAUGGGGUGCGUUUGAGAGAGUGUGAAUACAUGUGCUACAGCCCUGAGCCCUGAGUAUGUGAUUAAUAUGUGUGAUUAACUGCCCUGAAUGAUCCUGAAUGUGUGUGUGUGUGUGUGUGUGUGUACGUAUAAUUUGUUCAUGCUACAGCCCUGAAUGUUCCUGAAUGUGUGUGUGUGCAUAUGUGUGUGUUACAUGCUACAACCGUGAAUUAUCCUGAAUGUAUGUGUGUGUGUGUGUGUGUGUAUGUAUGUGUGGUUUUGUGUAUAAUCCUGCAUGUGUGUGUGUGUGUGUGUGUGUGUUUGUGAAUAAUCCUGUGCGUGUGUGUGUGCUGUGUCAUAGGUGUGCAGGAGGCAGUGGUGAUCUGUCUGAAUAAGCAGACCCAGGAGGCCUCGGGGGAGAGCCUGUGUGUGAGCUCCCGCCGGCCCCCUCAGCUGCUGCGGGCCUGCAGCACCGAGCCCUGCCCGCCCAGGUGGGAGACGGGGGCCUGGAGCUCCUGCUCGGCCACGUGCGGCGUGGGCCUGAUGAGCCGGGCCGUGUCCUGCACCCACCUCCAGUCCCGGGAGAACAACCGCACGGUCGUCGUGAGCGAUGGCAAGUGCCGCCAGCCCAAACCCAACCCGGUCCAGGCCUGCAACCGAUUUGACUGCCCACCCAUGUGGGAGCUGAAGGACUGGGGGCAGUGUUCCCGUAGCUGCGGAGGCGGCAUGCAAAGAAGAGAGGUCCUCUGCAAGCAGCGUCUCGCGGACGGCAGCGUUCUGGAGCUGCCCGACACCUUCUGUCCCUCGCCGACCCCGCCUACCCUCCAGGCCUGUGACAAGAGAGAGUGUCCCCCAAGAUGGGUCCCUACAGAGUGGUCCCAGUGCUCAGCCACCUGUGGGGAGGGGACCCAGAGACUGGCGCUGGUGUGCAGGAAGCAGGAAGAGAACGGGGAGUACCGCACCCUGGCCCCAGCGGCCUGCGCCGCUUUCCCCGAGCCCACGACUGUCCGAGCGUGCUCCCUGGGAACCUGCGCGAAGAAUUUCAAGCCUGGAGGCACUAAACUGGGUCCAAGCAUCCUGGCUCAGAGGAAGGUCUACAUCCAGUGGCGGAAGGAGAAGAAGCUGCAGCUCAUUAUGGGGGGGUACGCCUACCUCCUCCCCAGGACCUCCGUGUUCAUCCGCUGCCCCGUCAGGCGCUUCCGCAAGGGCCAGAUCCGGUGGCUCAAGGACGGGAAGGCCCUCCUCAGCCAGCCCCACCUUUUUGUUACCGCACUAGGCUACAUAAAAAUCCAGCACCUCAGGGCCUCCCACGCAGGGGUGUACACCUGCGCAGCGGGCCAGGCCCAGGAGAACCUGGUCCUCAAGGUCAUCGGCAGCAAGCAGAAGUUGGCAGUCCCGGAGGGGAGCCUGUGGCUGACAGAGGGAGAGGGGAAAGCCCCUCCGGGGGACCUGGACCUGCGGCUCUCCUUCGGCAAGUACGAUGGCAUCGUCCAGCGCCUGCUGGAACUGAAGGGGGCCGCCAGGGAGGGCCCAGACUCCAGAGAGCUGCUGGACUCGGCUGAGAAGAAUGCCUCCACCUUGGAGGAGGACAGCGCCGGGGAUGCCUGGGUCCCCCAGACACUGGUCAUGGAGAUGUGGAGGCUGGACGAGAUCAUCAGGAACCUGUCGCUCCAUCCCCAUGCCCAGCAGGCCCUGCACAGUGACCAGCUCCUGACCCAGCUGCUGGUGGAGCUCUCCAAGAACCACGGCGAGAGCAAUGAGUCUACCCUGCUCCACCCCAGCAGGUCUUCCUCUGAGUCCUCCACCCAGAGCUCCAAAUCCAAAACCAGCCCAGACAUCACCCAGUCUAGGGGCUCCACGGGGCCCCACAGGGAACAUCCUAGAGCCCCGGCCAUCUUGCAGAAAACCCUGAGCCAGGAAAAGGAACAGUCCCCCUUGGAGGUUGUGGCCUACGUGGGCAAGCCAGUCUUCCUGCCUAGACAGACCAUCAGUGUGGAGCUUCGGUGUGAGGCGGUUGGCACCCCCGAGCCUGCCAUCACCUGGACGAAGGAUGGGAUAGAGCUUCUGUAUAGCAGCAGAGUAGGCAGGCUGCCAGGGGGCUCCCUGAGAAUCCUGGCUCCGCGCGAGACUGACGCGGGCCUGUACGCGUGCACCGCCAGGAACCACGCCGGCUCCGCCUCCCUGUCUUCUUCGCUGAGGAUCGCAGAGCCACCACAGCCUGCUCCGGAUGACCCCCUCUGGACUGCCCUGACCCGUGCAGCAGAACCUGGUGUCCACACUCUCCUGAUGACCAGCAAUCAUACCAGAACCACUCUGCAGACCGGCACCACUGCCCUCAUUGGCUGCCCCGUUACGAGUCACCCCAGACCCACGGUGUCCUGGUUCCUGAACAGGCAAACCCUGUCCCAGAUUGCAGGAGUGGCUCAUCAGCUGUUGGCGGAGAACCAGGUCCUGCGCCUACCAAACAUCACCCGAACCCUGAGGGGCGAAGUCAGCUGCAGCGCGGAGAACAAUGCUGGGACACUGGAGCUGAGGAUGGCCCUGGAUGUACAAGGGGUCAAGGCCCCAGGGCUGAAGUGUCUGCUGGACGGUGUUGAGGGGAACCACUCGCUGUGCCGAGACAAGAAAAACGCCACGCAGAGUACAGCGGCCUGCCAAGGACAACACUGCCCCCCUAGGUGGCAGGCGUCCCCCUGGUCUCCUUGCUCCAUCAGCUGUGGGGGAGGUGUGCAGGUACGCAGGGUGUAUUGCCAGAGGGGCACCCAAGAGGAGGACAGCUGUGUGGGGGCAGGGAGGAGACCCCCCCACACCCAGCUGUGUAGUGCCAUGCCCUGUGUGGAGUGGGCAACGUCUGCUUGGGGCACGUGCCACGGACGCUGUGUGGGACACCGUCAGGCCACGCAGCACAGGCAGAUGUUCUGCCAGGACAGGAACGGCACCAGAGUCGCCCACGCCGAGUGCAGCUCUCUACCCAGGCCGGGGGCCUACAGGAACUGCUCCACGGAGGCCUGUGCGCUGCAGUGGCGGGUGGGACCCUGGACGCAGUGCACCUCCACCUGCGGCAGCCACGGCUUCCAGUCCCGCCGCGUGUCCUGCGCCCACCAGCGGACCGGCAAGACCACCCGGGACGUUAACUGCGCCUGGAGGCCCCGCCCCUCCAGCUGGCAGCGCUGCAACAUCCUGCCCUGCGCCCGGGGGGAGUGCAGAGACAGCACCAGGUACUGUGAGAAGGUCCGGCAGCUGGAGCUCUGCUCACUGGCCCAGUUCAAAGCUCGGUGCUGCGAGUCCUGUCGGGACAGCUGAGGUCACCCCCCCACCACGUCCCCAGGGGGCGCUGCGACUGAUUUACUCACCAGCCUGACUGCAGAGCACCAUCACUUGGGCUGGACAAAUAAAAAAACAAGCAAGAGAAAGAGAACAUUCAUUUGACACCAAUGAAGGCUUCGAUUUGAUUAUGUUUUUAAAGUGUUGUUACGAUUCCCAUGGAUCAGACAGCAACGAGAGACUUGUCUUGGAACUGCCCUGUGCGUCUGCAACCAGGAAAGAGCUUGGCGCCCCCGGUGGCUGUUGAUGAAGCUGUUUUGUCUCUCAGCACCUGCUGGAUCUCACAAUGUAAAUUCACCGGAGGAGAAGCAGAUGCUGAACAGACCUUCUAGGUCUUGAAUUUUACUUAAUUAAUGCUUUGUUCUUUUUUAUUUUACAAAAAAUCCCCCCUGGCCAGAAUUCCCCCCCAUCUAGUGUUUUGUGUAUAUGUGUCAUGUGGAGGAGGACAGUGUUCCCUUUCACAUUGAGAAUUUUAGUUUCAGCUUGUGGUUGCGCAGAAUAAACCCAGCACACAAGUGCAGUGGGGCUGGCCCCUGGAAACAGAGAGGAAGUGAGCUGGACAUUCAGCCAUUCAGAUGGGAUGACUGGAAGCUAUUCUGUCAGUUACAAGACCACUUCAGCCUUCCUUCGUUUCCCUUGUCACAAGCACGGGGUCAAAGGUCAGUGAUUUCUCCAUUUCUGGUGGCUCACACCUAGAGUGUACAUUUACAGGCAUGAGAUGAAACCAUUUGCGCCCCCAAGAAAAGGUCUGGGCCGUGAGUCACAUCACAAAACCGUAGGAUCCGUGGCCUGUGGAAUUUGCUGUGGAUUGUAAAUUUUGUUGAAAUUGCUUGGUUCAAAAUGGCCUUAUUAUAAAUUUUAUGAUGCUGUGACUGUUUUGCACAGGUUCUGGAGCACUGUGGUUAGAGAGGAUGCACUGACACAAGAGGGUUGUUUGGUCCUUGCAGAGUCAUGAGAAACCCUCGUGUACCUCAAGGCAAUCUGUUUGGCACUCAUCUCAGCAGAGAUGGACUGAGGUAAAAGCCAGCAGUGGGUGGAGUCCAUAGAGUGGACACUUUUUUUUAAGAUUCCCUAUGCUCCAGAAGUCCUGCCCCACAAUAAUUCAAGCGUCAUAAUAUAAAUAAUCCUAUCCAGCAAUCUGGGUUUUGGACACUAGUUGAGUUCCAUUUUAGGUAGUAUUACAUAUUAUUACUACUGUAUAAUUAUUAAUGAACUCCAAGUGGUUUUUAUACUAACGCUACCAUGACCAAACAUUGACAAAUCUGAUGCCGUUAAUGUUGAAAAAGUUGAAUGAUUGUUCAUUUCCAAGAUACUACAGUAAUACCAUAAGUGGCUUUAGACACACAUUGGUAUUACAGUAUAAAAUUAUCCAGUUCAGGUUUCAGCAUAUGACUGGGACAACACACUGGGAAAGGAAUUAAUAUUCAUCUUCUUUAAGUGCCAUCAAACUUUAUCAAACCCGUCUUUAAGUGCCCCUCCCACGCCACUUUUGCACCAUGGCCAGCAUGUCAUUGUGAAAGAGACACUCUCCUUAUCGAAACAUUAUGAAAUUUGGUAUCCUCUUUUUCACAUUGAAAAUGGCAGUUUUGUGUGACUUCAGCUUUUCUAUUUCAGUCAUAUUUCAGUUCACCUAACUAGUCGUUUGGGAGUUUCAAGGUGACUUGAUUGAAAUUUAUCCAGUGAUUUUACCCAUGGACAGUAUAUACCAUGCUGUAUUUAAUGCAGUAUGCAAAGAGCCUUUUUCUUGUGUUAAUUGUUUUAGAAAUAUUUAGAAUUAAGUAUAAAACACAAUUGUUUACAUAGUGUAACUCAUGUCAUUAAUACUUGCCACAGGCAUUAUGUUGGAGUAUAAAUAAAAUUGGUAGUCAGGGAAUAUUCUCAAGUUAAUACAAGUUCUGUAAAUAUUUGAUUUUCUUUUUUUUACUAGAGCUUUUUUGUUUUGUUUUGUUUUGUUGUAUCUUUAUUGGUUCUAUUUAUUACAAUGUCACAUUUUGUGCAAGUGCAAUUGUUUUUGUAAAUGAAAGCGAUUUCUUGAGUAGUUCUGCUGUAAAUGAACAUUUCCGGUUUUGUUCAGGCAUGUAUUUGUUGUUGUCAGUACAGUGCAUGCAAUGUAGGCUUAUAUUGCUGACUUGCUAAGUUCAGACAUACUGUACCAAGCCUGGUCAUCCUGCAGAUAAUAAAAAAAGUUUUACAUUCCUUUCCAA